AUGUUGAGCCAGUAUCCUGGUGACUACCCUCUGCCAUUAGUCGGAAAUGGUUUACAACUGGGAUUUGACACUGAUUUUUGUUCUAAUAAAAUGGUGGACCUCUGGAAAAAGCACGGGGGCAGUAAUUUUCGCAUGACUGUCGGAUCUGAGGAGUGGGUGCUGAUUUCGAAUCCUGACGAUGUCGCGACUAUCCUCAAUCAUCCAACAGAGUUAAGAAAGCAAGUAGAAAGAAAUACGGGAAUGAAGCCUCUCUUUGGAAAUUCUCUUUCAACUUCUGAUGGUGCGCGAUGGAAAUUAAUGAGGAAAAUAAUAGCACCGAGUUUUCACUUUAAAACACUGGACAAGAACCUCGAGACUUUCAAUACAAACUGUGACCAUCUCUUCAAACUUCUUGAUGAACAAAACAAUCAAGUUGUCGACAUUUAUCGAUAUAUGAAGCCCUAUAUGUUUAACGUAGUAUGCAAUUCAUUAAUGGGAGUGGAGCUUGACCUUCUAAACGAUUUGGAUAAUCCAUAUUUUGAAGCCAGUGAUAAUGCUAUGAAAAUAAUAACGCAAAAUUACUUUUCGUAUUGGAGAAGCCUGAUACAUUCGUUCGUCACUCCAACAUUGUAUAAAACAAUAACGAAUGUGAUAAAUAUCAUAUCAGUUAUGGGUAGUAACGUAAUUGCGCGACGAAGAGAAAAAAUAAAGAAAAUAAUAGAAGACGAGUGCAAUAUUGUUAAAACACGUGGAUUAGAUAUAGAUAAGUUAGUGCAAGAGAAAUGUUCGACAGAAGCAUGUUUGCUAGAUAGGUUAUUGUUAAGUAAACUAUACAAUGGUUUUGUGCUUUCUGAAGAUGAUGUGGCUCAGGAAGUCAAUCUGCUUUGUUGGACUGGCCACCAUUCAUCCACAGUUGCAAUUUCUCACGCACUCUACUGUAUUGCGAAACAUCCAGAAGUUCAAAAUAGAAUAAUCGAAGAACAGAAGCAAAUUUUCAAUAACGACAUUUAUAAGAAACCAACGAACCAGGACUUAGUUGAAAUGAAAUAUCUAGAAGCGGUAAUCAAGGAGAGCAUGCGUUUUAUUCCCGUUAUCAAUAAAAUUUCAAGGCAUUUGCAAAAUGACUUGCUGUUAAAAGGUUUCCGGUUCGCGUGGACGUCUAUGAAAGCAACCAUAUCAAAUGUCAUACGAAGGUACGAACUUAGCCCCGGCGGUCCAGGAACGGAACCUCAAUUUAUCUAUAGAUUGAUGACAGAGUCUAAAAAUGGUGUGCUCCUAAAAAUUAAAAAACGUCAGUGCUAA